AUGAAACGUCCCCGCUGCGGGGUCCCGGACCAGUUUGGAGCACGGAUGAAGUCCAACAUGCGACGGAAGCGGUACGCGCUGACGGGACGGCGCUGGAGCCAGAGCCAUCUCACCUUCAGCAUCCAAAACUACACGGAGAAGCUGGGUCGGUACCACUCGUAUGAGGCCGUCCGUCGAGCUUUCCGGGUGUGGGAGCAAGCUACGCCUCUGGUGUUCCGGGAGGUGCCCUACGAGGACAUCCGGCAGAAGCGGAAGAAGGAGGCUGACAUCAUGGUGCUCUUUGCCUCUGGCUUCCACGGAGACAGCUCCCCCUUCGACGGUGUCGGGGGAUUUUUGGCUCAUGCCUAUUUUCCCGGUCCUGGCAUGGGGGGGGACACACAUUUUGACUCAGAUGAGCCCUGGACGCUGGAGAACACAGAUGUGUCUGGGAACAACCUUUUCUUGGUGGCCGUGCACGAGCUGGGACACUCGCUGGGCUUGGAGCACUCCAGCAACCCCAAUGCUAUCAUGGCCCCCUUCUACCAGUGGAUGGACACGGAAAACUUCCAGCUGCCUGAAGAUGACCUCAAGGGUAUCCAGCAGCUGUAUGGUACCGCAGAUGGCCACCCUCAGCCCACCAAGCCUUUGCCCACCGUGACACCCCGGCGACCUGGCAGGCCUGACCAGAGACCCCCUAAACCACCCCCCCCGGGGAAACCGGAGCGGCCCCCCAGACCUGGCAGCCCAGACCGACCGGACCAGUACGGCCCCGACAUCUGCGAUGGGAACUUUGACACGGUGGCGGUGCUGCGUGGGGAGAUGUUUGUGUUCAAG